AUCCCGGCCUGGUUCAAAUAUUGACGCCCUUUUCACUAUACUAUGUAGAUGAAAGUCAAGAUCAAGAAUGCUUGAGUUCGAGUGGUGCUUAUUAUCAGAUUAGUCUACUAGUUGUGGCUACACUGACUGUACUUGGUCUAGGUUUGUGUUCGAUUUGUAGUCUGCCUUUGUCCUUUCCGAACACCAGGCAGUACAUACGUUUUGCCUUGUAUGCAGAGUGUGAAGGGCUUGCUACAGGACACCGGUUCUUCCAGCUCCAUGUCUUUGGAUUUUCUCGAGUUCAGAAGAUUUUACAUUAGUAUCUAACUGAAAUAGAAUUUGAGAUGGUUGCCUUCUGAGCAGCAGUGGAACUUGUGGACCUUUUAAAGAAACGAAUAAAACGUUUCUGGAAGGCUUGGUUGCACACACUCUGCAACAGCAUGGCCGCCUCGGACUUCCAGGCACAGUAUUCUCAGCAGCUCUCUUCAGAAAGCAUCUCCGAGGCUGUCGAGCUGGAGUUUCAGUUGCUGGAAGCGAUUUACUGUGAUGAGCUUCAACUUGUACGAGAUGAAAGCGGUGGGAAUGUAUCCGGGUUUUCCUUGCUGCUGAAGCCCAGUGUUGGAGAGUGUGUGGAUGAAUGCUACGUCAGCAUGGUGCUUGUAAUAGACCUGCCAGAAAAUUAUCCGUCUUCACCGCCCUCUGUGUCUGUCCGCUGCCCGCGUGGUUUGAGUGAGGAGCAUGUGGAAAGGAUUCUGGCUGAAAUGCGCACGAGUGCCGGUGAACACACUGGUAAAAUUUACUUGCACAGCCUCAUUGAAAAGGCGAGGGAGAGCCUGAGCGAUAACAAUCGCCCCACAGGAGUGUGCCCGAUUUGCAGAGUCGACUUUGAGGAGGGUGACAAGUUCCUCAAGACGAUCUGCUAUCACUUCUUUCACAUUGCCUGUCUGACUGGCUAUUGUGAACACUGGCUGGGGCAGCUAAAGGAGAAGGCGGAGGACGAGGACGCAAUUCCCUACCGCCAUGCUUCUGACAAUACAACAGAUAGUGACAAGAUGCCAUGUCCAGUGUGCAGAACAUGCUUGUCAGUAACACCGGAAGAGAUUCAAAAGCUGGCCAGCGACACCUCUGCGGUGUAUGGUGCUGACGACAUGCAUUUUGUUUUCCGCCCAUCGGAGGAUCAACGGCGUCAACAGGUGGAGAUGGAAGCGCUGAAGAAGCAACAGGAAGCAAAGGGAGGCCAGAUUGACAAGAGCGUGAACAACACUGUGCAAAUGUUCGAUCUAGCAGCAAUGGUGCAGACAUCAUCCACUGACCAACAGCAGCAGGACAGUAGCAAAGGUGGUGAUAGCCUGCAGUGUCCAGGGGGAUCAGCUGUUUCAACGCCCGGCAAUGGUAGCAGAAGCAGUAGCCCCAAUCUCACCACAUCCUCUGUGCAGUCAACCACAGCAGCAACAGACAUCCAGAGUGUUGAUACAGUGGAUAGUGGAGAGCGUUGUGAUGUGUCAGCGGGCGAACCAGCAACAACAGUAGAUGUGCCUCCUACUCGCCAGCAACAGGCUCCUGCUCAUCACAGUAAACCUCGGGGGAAACGACCAGAGAAAGAGCAAUCGGGUCAAUCCAAAGGGAAUCGAAGUGUCGCAGAUUGUGAUCGACACAACGAUGAUCCCCAUCAUCGAAGAGGUGGUCGUGGUAGCGGCGGUUAUGGUGGUGGUCGUGGUGGUGGUGGUGGUAGUGGCCAUAGUGGCCGAGGUGGUAACCAUGGGAGUGAACGUGGUGGUCGAGGCGGUGGUCGGCAUGGUCGCGGAGGAGCCCGUGACCGUAACUCAGGGAGAGGUGGAGGCGGUGGCGGUAGCGGACCAGACAGAGAACAUGCACAAUCAGAAACGUCGCUCCACUCUGACAGCGGUAAGAAGAGUGGGGGUGGUAGUCCCUCGAUUCCCAACAGAUCGGCUAACUCUCAGCACAGUAGGCAGCAGCAGCAGCACGGUAGCAGGCAAUCUGCUGGUGGUGUGCGAUGUGAACGGCGAACUGGCAGUGAGCGCGAUCACCGGGAUGACUGCGACAGAGGUGUUUCUGCUUCUGGUCCGCUCAGGAAAGAUGGUAUGCCAGUGAAAGAAUCUGGAAAACCUGACAGAACUACUGAUGGCGCGGGCAUGCACGACUCUGGAAGUGCUGAAGCAAGUCAACAUGCUGCACCGGGUACUGGUAAGCAGUCUGCCGUUGCUGCUGCUGUGGGAGAGUCGAGAGAGGACACUGCUGCUGCUCACACCAGCAAGUCUGCUACUCCUCCUGCUGCUGGUGCUGCUCCUGAGAGAUCUAGACGACAGCGCCAUCGACACAGACCAGGCAAGUCGGCUGAAUUUACUAACGGCGUUGACAGGAAGGAUACCAGUACGGCUAAGACGAAAGCUGAAGAGAAACAGAGGCCUAGCCAGAAGGCAUCCCCCGCAUGCUCUCCUGACAGAUCGCCAACAACGGCAGCGAAAGCUGUACCACCGUCAUCAGAUAGUGUCCCACCUACUAAUGAACGGAGGAAAUGUGUUCGACCUCCUCCUGGUUUCACGUAAGAGACCUCCUGCAGUAUUAGACUGGUGGUGGUGUUAGCAAUGUGGAAUUCAAUGUGGAAUUCAAUGUGGAAUUCCAACUCUAUGAUCCUGUUAUCGAUGAGUUGUGCUCGGAGAUGGUGGUCAGACCAGUUAGCUGCCUGUGACCAGUGUUAUCUGGUUCUCUUGUCUGUGCUGGUCAUCAUUGACCCAGUACAGUAGCUGUGUCUUACACAAGACUGCCAUCAUAGAGAUGAUUCUAUUUCAUGACAGUUUAGAAUUUCCCAAAUCUGACUCUUACUUUCAAGGUCUCGCAUACUUCAAACAUGGACACUUAUUUAUGGUUCUAUUGAGUAAGUCCUCGGCCUCUGACCAGCUUUUUCUGUCUUUCUUUUUUUAGUGUCUGAUUGUCGUGGAGUUGUUGGUAAUUUUCUCCCCAGUGUUAUCUGGUUCUCUUGUCUGUGCUGGUCAUCAUUCACCGAGUACAGUAGCUGUGUCUUACACAAGGCAGUCGUCAUAGAGAUGAUUCUAUUUCAUGACAGUUUCGAAUUUCCCAAAUCUGACUCUUACUGUGUAGUUCUCGUAAUACUUCAAAAUUACACGGACACUUAUUUAUGGUUCUAUUCAGGGAGUAGUACACUAUGGUAUUGUACUAGUCCCUGGUUCUAUUGAGUAAAUCUAGAUAAUGCCUAUCA